UUUUGUUUAAGUUCUUCAAAAGCUUACAACUUCAAAUCAAAGCCCAAUCAAGUUAACCAAAAAUCAAAGCUUAAAAGAGCUUUUUAAUAGCCAAGUCAAAAAAAUCAAAGCCAUUUGAAUUGUUUACGUUUUGGAAUUUUAUGUUUAACAUUAAAUCUAUUCCCCGAAAACAAGAAUAUUAAAUAUAGUAAACAAAAAACGGGAAUGCCAGUCGUUUCUGCGAAUCGUUGACCGAAUAAAACACCGCAGCUAGAGCUCUGGAAUCCACAGUUGCUCAAAGCGAAGAACCAAGCUCAAGCUAAACAAUCUAUCUUUGAAGAAUCCUAUCUAGAAGAUGCGUCUGAUCCUGCUUUCUAUCAUUGGCCUUCUGUGCCUGGCCUAUGCCUUGGCUCUAAGUGACAAUGGACACCAUCUGGAGGACCUGCUAGGAGUGGCCCAUCAUGGAGGAAACCACGCAGAAGGUGGAGCUAGACUGGCUCGUGGUUAUGGCAAUUACGGACGCGGCAACUACGGACAUGCUCAUGGACAUCACGGAGGUGGCGGUCAUGGAUACGGACACGGACACUAUGGUCGCUAGUCUGAUGGUAUUACAUAUGUGAU